GCAGUGGCGGCGGCGGCGCGGCAGCGGGUUCCGUUCCGGGCCGAGGCUGGAGGCGGAAAAGUUGCGGGACGGAGAGGAGCAGCCCCGGGACGGUCAACGAGGGCGACAGCGAGCCGGGGACCGGCGUCUACGGACCGGCCAUGGACGACCUCGACGCCCUGCUGGCUGACUUGGAAUCUACCACCUCCCAUAUCUCCAAACGACCAGUGUUCUUGUCAGAGGAGCCCCCCUACUCAUACCCAACUGGAAACCACACUUACCAGGAGAUUGCAGUGCCACCUCCUGUCCCACCACCCCCAUCUAGCGAUGCCCUCAAUGGCACGAUCCUUGACCCCUUAGACCAGUGGCAGCCUAGUGGUUCCCGAUACACUCACCAGCAGCCUCCAUCCCCGUCACCCGUGUACAGCUCCAGUGCUAAAACUUGUGGUGCCUCCAACCCUCCGGACGGCUCUCUGUGUUCCCGAGCAGGCGAGGAAGAGCACGUCUACAGCUUCCCCAACAAGCAGAAGUCGGCAGAGCCUUCACCCACUGUGAUGAGCUCCUCCCUGGGCAGCAACCUCUCGGAACUGGACCGGCUGUUACUAGAGCUGAAUGCCGUGCAGCAUAAUCCUCCAGGCUUCCCUGCAGAUGAGUCCAAUUCGAGCCCCCCACUGCCUGGAGCCUUGAGCCCCCUUUAUGGCUUCCCAGAGAAUAACAGUUCUCUGGGAGGAAAAGCUGGGCCUCUGAUGAAAGAGAAGCCAAAACGAAAUGGAGGCCGGGGCCUGGAGGAUGUUCGGCCCAGCGUGGAGAGCCUCUUGGAUGAACUGGAGAGUUCUGUGCCCAGCCCUGUCCCAGCCAUCACUGUGAACCAGGGUGAGAUGAGCAGCCCACAGCGAGUCACCUCCAGCCAGCAGCAGACACGCAUCUCGGCCUCCUCUGCCACCAGGGAGCUGGAUGAGCUCAUGGCUUCACUCUCAGAUUUUAAGACUAGUUCUUCUCCUGUGGUGCUGAGCUCCCAAGGGCUGCUGCCCAGCUCUCCUCCAUCUCCACCCCUCACCCUCGAUCCUCCUUCCCCCACUAAAUUCUCCCCUGAAGGCCACACCCCUGAGGUCCUCAGUAGGGAAGGAAAUAGUCAGGUCCUUCUACCUUUGGUGGCUCCCAGAAGGCUUGAUUUGGUCAGUCUCGAGGGGACACCUGUCACUCAGAACUCAAGGUGUCCUUCUGUGGAGGGUUCUCAGCAAUCAUUUGGUGCUAAGAGCCAGGCUCAAGUUAGGAAUGACCUCAUAGAGUCCAUGAAUGAGCCCUUUAGGACUCCCCUCGGCCACACUCUACACCCUGCUGCCAGCACAGGAUCCCAGGGGCCACUGGCCAACUGUGUGUGUUCAGAGGAGACUGUGGCUCCCGUUUGGAGAUGGCCACAGGCUAUGUCAGCAUCCGGGCCUUACAACUUUCAGGAAGGAACUGAGCCAGCUAUUGUGGCAGUGGACCGGCAGGCUGUGCUCCCAGACACCUGGAGUCUCACCAAGGAAUAUGGCCAGCAUGAGCAAGCACAGUCAGAACCAGGGGGCCUGGAAAGCAGUUACCCUGCCCCAGCUGACAAGGAGCAGUUAGGUGGGAAGAUUCCCUGGAGGGGAAGCCUGGGGGAACCAACCCAGCCACUCCAGAACCCAAAGAACCCAGGAGGUGCCACCAAAGCCGUUCUGGAGGCCAGGAAGGAAGAGCCGGAGUUUUCUCAUGCUGUGGUCAUGGGCACACCCACCACCUCGGAGAGGAUUUCCACCGCUGGCCAGAUCCGCUCUGUGAUCAGGAGGAGCCGGGAGACAGGCCACGUCCACCCCAUGUCCCGGGAGCCCUCCCCUCGCCGCCGGCUGGACCCUGCCACCCUGAGCAGAACCCCAUCCCAAGAACGGCUCAUUGCAGAGCUGCAGGGCCGGCUGGGCAUCCAGCUAGAGGCAGAGGAGGUGGCAGGGGCCUCUGCCCAGGACUGGCUAACUGAAGGCGUUGUCAUCACUGCGCAGCCACGUGGGAGGCGGGCCGGGGGGCAGUUGGUGGAGAAGGUCAUCUACCCUCCUGACUCUCCCAUUCCCCUGAGAAGAACCCUCUCUGUCGUGGCUCCUCCUCCUGACCCUUUCCUCCAGCAUCACCCCGACACCUUGGCCAGCAGCUCACCUCUCCGGCCCAGCCUGCCCACUCCCUCCUGUCCAGGGCCCGUAGCUGGUGCCUGUGCUUCUCCUGGGGUCCAGAGUGCAGGGAGAAAGCCCCAGGAGGAGGACAGGCAUGGGCCUCCUGGCCUCACUCCUGUGCCCCACACCGUGAGGUCUGUGGGCUGCCAGACCAGCGAGGACCCACUCUUCCACCCGAUGCAGAUGCACGGCCUGGAGCAGAGAGUGGAUGGAGAGCGGCAGUGGGCAGCCGGCUGGCCCCCCAGCAGCAGGCAGAGCAGCCCUGAAGGGCAGGACGAGGGAGGGUUUAUGGCCCAGGGGAAAACCGGGAGCAGCCCACCCCCUGGGGGACUCUCAAAGCCUGGGAGCCAGCUAGACAGCAUGCUGGGAAGUCUGCAGUCUGACCUGAACAAGCUGGGGGUCGCCACGGUUGCCAAAGGGGUCUGUGGGGCUUGCAAGAAGCCCAUUGCUGGGCAGGUUGUGACUGCCAUGGGGAAGACAUGGCACCCCGAGCACUUUGUCUGCACCCACUGCCAGGAGGAGAUUGGGUCCCGGAACUUCUUCGAGCGGGAUGGACAGCCGUACUGUGAAAAGGACUACCACAGCCUCUUCUCCCCACGCUGUUACUACUGUAAUGGACCCAUCCUGGACAAAGUAGUAACAGCUCUUGACCGGACGUGGCACCCGGAGCACUUCUUCUGUGCCCAGUGUGGAGCCUUCUUUGGUCCAGAAGGGUUCCACGAGAAGGAUGGCAAAGCCUACUGUCGGAAAGAUUAUUUUGACAUGUUUGCGCCCAAGUGUGGCGGCUGUGCCCGUGCCAUCCUGGAGAACUACAUUUCAGCCCUCAACACCCUCUGGCACCCGGAAUGCUUUGUGUGCAGGGAAUGCUUCACGCCGUUUGUCAACGGCAGCUUCUUUGAGCACGAUGGGCAGCCGUACUGUGAGGUGCACUACCAUGAGCGCCGCGGCUCUCUGUGCUCUGGCUGCCAGAAGCCCAUCACCGGCCGCUGUAUCACAGCCAUGGCCAAGAAGUUCCACCCCGAGCACUUUGUCUGUGCCUUUUGCCUCAAGCAGCUCAACAAGGGCACCUUCAAGGAGCAGAACGACAAGCCUUACUGCCAGAGCUGCUUUGUGAAGCUCUUCUGCUAGGCCGUCCCCACCACCCUCCCCGGCCAGCGCCCCCCACUGCUACUGUGACCCAGGGACCUCGCCCAGGGAUGACGGGCCAAUCCACAGAAACUGGAACCUUGUCUUGGCAGGUGCAGAUGCAGGACAGAACUGUGGAGGCCGUGCUUGUUCCUCACCCCCCCCCCCCCAGAGCUUCAGGGCCCUUCCUUCCCUUCUCUGGCUCUCCCAGGCUCUGUGCACUUAUCUUCACCAGAGGUCCGCAGGCGUGUCCUCAUGAGCCAGCACCCACAGCGGAGCCUCACACACCUCUCAGCAGUGGGGUCAGAGUGGGCAGGCUGAGAGGGUCAGGUACCCUUAUUUACCUUAUUUACCCUUAUUUCUCUCAGUUACCCUGAGCAUACUGGGGACACCGGGCCCCCUUAACACAAUGCCAGCAUAAACUCACCUGUGGGCCACCAAAGGCACUUUGGGGUCCACUGCCCAGUCUCCCAGGGUCUGGGUGACUGCCCUGGGUUUACCAAGAGAGGCUUCUCCAGCAAUAAUGUUUUAUAUAGCCACAUCUUUAUCUCUGGGGACAUCGUGAGGUGGGGAGGGUCACCCGUGCCUCAACACUGUACCGAUUUUGAUAGAUUUCUACACUGAGGUUCAACUUCGUAUUGCUCAACUUGCUUUUACUCCUCUCCACAAGAUGAUUUUGAAGAGAUUUAAAGAAGGCCCCCUUUGUAUUCUUGUCUUUGUCCACCGCCACUGGUGCUGCCAGCGGCCUUGGCUUUGUACUGAGGGCUUGGGAUGGGGGAACAAUCUGUGUUUUAUUUUGUUUCUUAGCACAAGUGAGUUGAGACUCCUUCUGCAAUGUCACAGUCCCAGGACUGUUUGAAAACUGCUGUAUUUUCUGAUGCUCCCUUACUGCCCAGGCCAGCAGACUCUCCAGUAAGAAAUGGUCUAAGGGUGCUCAGCCCUUUUGGACCUGGAAUUUUGAACCUCAUGUGUUCUGUUCCCAAGGGAGGCGAAGGGGAAAGUAUAUAUUUGGGGGUCUGCUUCCUGCCUGAGUAAGCCAUCAGGAGCCACUCUGCUCCCCGUGAACUUUCUGGCGACAGGGAGAACCCACUGAACACUCUCAGCCGCCUCAUUGCUUCUCUGGGGCUCUUCUGCCUUCUCAGGAAAGCUGGUGUCUGAUUUUGACCAGGAAGAUCAUACAUAAGGGUCUCUGGUCUCGAUUCUACUGGGCGCAUCGCUCCCUUAAACUUCCCAGUGACUGGGGCAAAGUUUGCUGUUCCCUCUCUCAGGUGGGAUUCAUGCUUUGCGGGGAGGGGUUCUGGGAAGAAUACCCUAAGUUGGCGAAGGGAUCCUAGUAGGAUUUGGGGCAGAGGGACUAGGCCCUGUUAGAGCUAUGGGAGGCUCCAUAGCUCCCAUUCCAAAGGAUGGGACGGGAGCAGCCAGUCCUGGACCAGAGAUCCAGACAUUACAUCAGCUUCCUAGUAGAGGCUCAGUAUGAUGGGAUCAUCGACAAGGAUUCUCUGUCUGGGCUAGACUAGCAGCGCCCCAGGUCUGGGAAGGUGAGCUUGGCUCUGGAGGUCUGACACGGCACUUCCACCCACAGGCCUUACUGCUCUGUUUACAGUGACCCGCCCCAGGCCCCUCUCCGAGAAGAGAUGGGGUAUCUGGAGGGCCAUUCUCUGGGUCAAUGGAUAUGUGAUAUUUGACUUUUUUUCCUAUAAACUUCUAACCUGGCUUUUUCCAUUUCAAUUCCUGUGAUUUAUGCCAAUAAAGUUUGCCAUUAUUUUCA